AGAUAGAUGAGCUGAGGACAGAGAUGGACGAGAUGAGGGACAGUUUCUUUGAGGAGGAUGCUUGUCAGCUUCAAGAAAUGCGCCAUGAACUGGAGCGAGCCAACAAGAACUGCCGGAUCCUUCAGUACCGGCUGCGCAAGGCUGAGCGCAAGAGGCUGCGCUACGCCCAGACCGGCGAGAUCGACAACGAGCUCAUACGCAGCAUGGAGCAGGACCUCAAGGUUGCAAAAGAUGUAUCGGUGAGACUUCAUCACGAGUUAGAAAACGUGGAAGAAAAACGUACUAUAACAGAAGAUGAAAAUGAAAAAUUAAGACAGCAGCUUAUAGAAGUUGAAAUUGCCAAACAAGCACUACAGAAUGAACUGGAAAAAAUGAAAGAGCAAUCACUGAAAAGGAGAGGAAGCAAAGACCUACCAAAAUCAGAAAAAAAGUCACAGCAGACACCCACAGAGGACGACAAUGAAGACCUGAAAUGCCAGCUGCAGUUUGUCAAAGAAGAAGCGGCCUUGAUGAGGAAGAAAAUGGCUAAAAUUGAUAAAGAGAAAGACAGAUUUGAACAUGAGCUGCAAAAAUACAGAUCAUUUUAUGGGGAUUUGGACAGUCCCCUGCCGAAAGGUGAAGCAGGUGGGCCACCUACCACAAGAGAAGCUGAACUCAAGCUUCGACUGAGGCUUGUGGAGGAGGAAGCUAACAUUCUAGGGAGGAAAAUAGUGGAACUAGAAGUAGAAAACAGAGGACUGAAAGCAGAGCUUGAUGAUUUAAGAGGAGAUGAUUUCUCAGGGACCACUAACCCACUCCUGGGAGAGCAGAAUGAAUCCCUGUCAGAAUUACGACAGCAUUUGCAGCUAGUAGAAGAUGAAACAGAAUUGCUGAGGAGAAAUGUAGCUGACUUAGAAGAACAAAACAAACGCAUAACAGCUGAGCUGAACAAAUACAAGUACAAGUCUGGGGCCCAUGAGAGCUCUAGGCACCAUGAUAAUGCCAAGACAGAAGCAUUGCAGGAGGAGCUCAAAGCCGCGCGAAUGCAGAUCAACGAGCUGAGUGGCAAAGUCAUGCAGCUCCAGUAUGAGAACAGAGUGUUAAUGUCCAACAUGCAGCGCUACGACUUGGCCUCUCACCUCGGCAUCCGCGGCAGCCCUAGAGACAGCGAUGCGGAAAGCGACGCGGGAAAAAAGGAGAGCGAUGACGAUUCCCGCCCCCCGCACCGCAAAAGGGAAGGUCCCAUUGGGGGGGAAAGCGACUCCGAAGAGGUGAGAAACAUCCGGUGCCUGACGCCCACGAGGUCUUUUUAUCCCACGGCGUCUGGGUGGCAGAAGAGCUUCACUGACAGGCAGCAGAUGAAGGACAUUCGCUCUGAAGCGGAGCGGCUGGGCAAGACAAUAGAUCGCUUGAUUUCCGACACGAGCACCAUCAUCACGGAGGCGAGAAUUUAUGUAGCUAAUGGGGACCUCUUUGGACUGAUGGACGAGGAGGACGAUGGCAGCAGGAUACGUGAGCACGAGCUCCUGUACCGGAUCAACGCGCAGAUGAAGGCCUUCAGGAAGGAGCUCCAGGCUUUCAUCGACAGACUCGAAGUUCCAAAGUCCUCGGACGAUCGAAGUGCCGAUGAACCUUUGUCAGUGAGUCAGAAAGUCACAGACGCAAUGUUCCAGCCUAUCAUUUUACUUAUUCUCAUCCUUGUAUUAUUUUCAUCCCUUUCAUACACAACAAUAUUUAAACUUGUCUUCCUUUUUACACUGUUUUUUGUACUGUAAGUCAUUCAUCAUUUACUGUUCAUUGUAGUGUUAUUUUCAGUUUGUUUAUUUUGUCCACCCUCCAAGAUAAGAAGUGCAAGAGACAUAGUUUCUGUAAUAACCACUGCUGUAAAAACACUGAAGACUACUUGUUUGCCAAAACCAAAGCCAAACCAAAAAACCUGCAAAAAACAUACCAAAAACUCACCCAGUUGAAUAGGAAACCUGCUCACCGCAGUACUCCAGAUCAAGAUUCACAGAACAGGAACCCUGCUAGCUGUGCCUUUCAUUGCUUUCUCUGCUGCCUGGAAAUGGACUGAAAUACUCCUAAA